UUACGGGUGUGCACAGUCCGGUGCUCUCCGGCGAUUGUACUACACCGUAAAUGGCGAAGCGGUGUUUACGUGAGCCGCGCCGAUGUAGUAGACGUUUCGCGGUGUGACCGUGUUGUCAAGGCAAUGCAGGAGAACCGCGCUUUGUUUAUCUUCGUCCUAGCCACACGGACUAAAUUCCUGAACAUUGUUACUGCGAUAAGCGCGUAAAAUUGAUCAACGGCGUGGUAUUUCCUUCUGCUAUGCGAUGACUACUAGUCGUUCACCGUGUCCGUGUUCAUUGCCUAACAUGGUAUACACAAGGCCCUUGAUCGAAAAUCGCCGCGCCGUUGGACCAGUGGACAUUAUUCGGCGCCUACUCGUGUAGUCGUGCCGUGUCUAUCGUGUGCCUUUGGCUAUGGUCAUCGACGUGAAGGUAGUCGGGGAUCGAGACCUGUGUUGAUGAUCUAAGAAGCUGUGUCCUGCCAACCGCGCUUAGGAACCACGGGAAAAAUCGGCAAUGAGUGUGCUCACGGAAAAUUGCGUCCUGUCGCGAACGCGAGCUCAGGAUCUGAAGAGCGUUCGGAAACUAAACUGCUGGGGAAGCGAGUUGGAGGACGUCAGCAUCGUGCGAAAGAUGUCUCACGUCGAAGUCCUCUCGUUAAGCGUCAACAAUAUCAGCACACUAGCAGACUUCGCGCACUGCAAGAAUCUCCAGGAGCUUUACAUACGAAAGAACAACAUUCGAGACUUGAACGAGGUUCUGUACUUAAAAGACCUUCCGAAGCUUAAAAAUCUUUGGUUGGCCGACAACCCUUGUGCGGAAAGUGAAACCUACAGGAUGACGGUGUUGAGGCAUCUGCCAAGUUUGCAGAAACUGGACAAUCAAACUGUUCAGAGCCACGAGGUUGAGAGAGCCCAGGUACAAGGGGCUGUGCUUACUCUUCCUACCCUCGACACUGCUGCUGCUGAAGACAAGACGCCACAGACAGCACCUAGCAGCAAUCACAACAACCGUCAGCAGUCUGGUGGCAGCCAGCCAUCAACCAGGCUCAGCCCACCUCAGGCCCAGCAGAACGGCUCUGAGGAUGGACACCACAAGUACAGCAAUGUUCCACGGCCAAGGGAGCUGGAUGUGGAAGUGCCUGCCGCGGAAGCGAAUGUGCCAAACAGGGCAGCCGCCUUUAACCCUCCAGUGGCAAGCACUCCAUGUAAAGAUCCUCCCCGGCUUGCUGAAGCUGCCUGCUCUCCUGUGCUCCCCAACAUGCCUCAGGACAGCCACGCCUCGUGCCAGGGCAUGUCACCUGCCGAGCAGCAUGCAUUUCAUGCACGGGUCCAGACACUGAUGGAUCACUCGGGCCGAAGGUUGCGGAAGAGUGCAGAAAUUACCUGUGAUCCAAUGGCACUUUUUGAAGGUGAUGACCCUGUAGCUGCAAGACAGGCCAAUGCUCAACUAGGUGACACUCGACGGUUUUCAUCCGUGGAGUACCUGCACACACACUCCCUGGAGUCGGACGCACUGAUGUCCCCACCGCCGGUCGACGGUAACGCACGAGGCGGUGCUGCUAUGUAUGCCGAAGUGCACAGGUCACACAAGGCUGAGAAAGGCUCUCCAACUCGCCUGCUGCCCAAGGGGGGCAAAAACAGGAAUGCGAACAUACUUUCAGCCGUGCUGUGCCUCAUCAAAGAGCUCGACUAUGCCAGCCUGGAGGUUGUGGAGACGGCAAUUCACUGCAGGAUGGAAGAGAUGGAUGAGAUGGUUAAGAGUGCAGCUGUUGAAGAGAGAUGCAAAACUGAUAAGCACGCAGACACUGAUGAAGGUCGCUGUGGAUCCAGUAGCAUCUUAGAGGACUUCUUUAUGGCUGUGAAAAAUCUCCUGAUAGCUGUCCCAUAACUUUUUUUUUUCUUUUGGAGAAUACAAAAUGCAGCUUUCUGUAAGCCUGCUUAUCUCACUUCUCUAUGCAUUAUUGUUUUGUGAUCUGAGGCAGCACCACGUUUGUGGUGGUCUUAUACAUCGUGAAAGACAUAAAAGAACAAUUUUAGAAGUUUAACGGUGGAUGCACACACCUGUUACCUCGCUUCAUAGCAUAGGAUAAGUUUUCUGUGAACUGUUCCAGCCAAGAAAAGAGAGGUGAUCAAACAGCUUGAAGGCAAGUCUUCCGCAUCUACAAGAGCCCAGGAACUCACUUCAUGGUGUAACGGUAUACAAGCUUCUAGCUGAUGCGAGAUGGUUAAGUGCCCCGGUGAUUGUUUUUUUGUUUCCUUUACAGAGAUUACUUCAGUGUACAACACACAAUUUACUAUUGCUCUCUACUUAAAUCACUACUAGGUUGCCAUGUCACUACGUGUGGGCCUGGAUUUUGGAAAAGUUUAGCUCUACGUCAGGAGAGUGUGGUAACUAUGAUUUACAAAGAAACAAACCACUUUGUUGUUUCAGGAUACUGACACAGUAUUGAUGAUACAGUGCUGUCCCAAUAUUAAUAGCACCCUGCUUUUAUCAAAAUACUUACGUUGGAAUAACCCUAUAGUGGAUCAUGUUGUUGGCAUUCAGUCAUGCUAGGUACAGGUCAUUUUACACCACCUUGCUAUCCUGGACAAGCCGUUCUUAUCAUAGCGAGUUGUGCCAGUAUAGCCAUAGUUUCAUGCUUUAGUUAUCGAAGUGAAAUCUAGCACUGCAACCACUCAACCACUAUGGGAACAUCCCACGGGUAGCACAUGGAUUGCAAAAGCGAAUAACUUUCUUCAAGUUGUAAGACCAGUUUUCUUAUAUGUUUUUGCGGGACGAUCCUGAAGCCAGUACACUGUAACACAGUAGCUUAAAAUGCUAGCCGCUACAAGGGGGUAAUUCAAGAAACUAGCAUGUGACGCCACGCGCCAGAUGUAUCAAAGAACGACUUUGGCACGAGAGAAACCUGCACGCGAUCAUGGCCUAAUGGUUAGAUCAUUGGGCUGCUGGGCUUGAAGGCAGAGGUUCGAUCUCGCCAUAAUUCAUGCAUUUCUUUAUAGCAUUAUGGACGUACUUCACCCACUGGAAGUAUCUAAUGGCAAGCUAGAGCUGUGUAUCGAGUACGUAAGCAUGUCACAGUGUGCACGAAAUUGCAAGUUUGUGAGAGAUAAAUGGUUUAGAAAAGUCACUUUAAUAGAGCGAAUAGCUUUCUGGAAGAGUUAGCUAUUUGCUUUCAUUAACAAUCAUUGAUGAUUCCUGCACAGUUUCUAAGCAUGAAAUGCUUCAUCACUUCAGUAGGAUGAUUAAUUGGGCUAGUUGGUGUGGCAUUAGACACAUACUGUACAGUUUCAGAGGGGAUCCCAGUGUAUAUUCUUCAGCAAACAAAAAUAAAGCUUUGCUUACCAGUGCCGCCAAAGAUUAGACCAAUGUUCCUGUGGUCACGUGUAACUGGAAGUUGGGCAUGAGCAAUCGCCCAAAUUGUGCACUUGGCAGUUUGUGCAAGGUGUGAAACGUGCAGGCUAUAAAGCAUGGAAUUGCUGGUGCAUUCACUUCGGAGACAGCACGAAAUAGUAUGUUCAUAGCACGUCUCUUGCUCAGUCCCAAAACUGGUAGAAUCAUUGUGCUUGGUGUGCACACGAUUUCAGAUGAAAAGAAGCAAAUUCACCGAGCAUAAUGGACAAAUUUGAAGUGAUGAGUGUUCCGCAAACAGUAUUGCCCGGAUCAGCAUACGAAUCUCCCGGAAAAGUCUCCGUUAUUUCUAUGAUGUCUUGUGGACUGCAGUAGACAGCUUCCUAUGAUUGCACAAGGUGCCUGGCCUGCCACGAGAAAUGGCAUGCAGUAUGCUUAAGGCUGCAGUCUCUUUCCAUUGUAACCAGUGUUGCGGAGACACAUUGAGCAUGCUUGUAUCGCAACCAUCACCUAGUACGAGACAUGGAAUAAGAUGUGCACUAUCGAUAUUCAUGUAAAGAAGCACUUCAUGCUUGCGUCUACCUCCGUAUCGCCACAUGGAAGGACUAGAGUAUCGCUAAAUCUGUAUGAUGACUGGACAGCAGAAUUUGCCUUGGGUAAAUGUUUUAAUUUAUUCUAAUGCUCUGAAAGCAAUCAUGAAAUGUACAUAAAAUCAGACUAAUUAUUGCUAUUUCGAAGUUUCAAGUGGUCUUUAAAAACUGCAAUAUCAGAACCCACAAAGUUCAGACAAAUCUGUGGAGCACCCAUAAUUCCCAUACUGGCGAUGGGUGCAGACAUUAUUGCCCUGUUUCCUUCGGUAACUUUAGCAAUAACUACUAUGAGCAUAACUGGUGAUGAGCUGGUUAUGGGUAUUUUACACAACAAUGGCUGCUUGCAAGUUAUAUUUUGUUAGAUUGCUUCAAGUGACAUUUGUAAGUUGGGAUGCUCUCAAUGACAAGGAUAUUGUCAUUCGAAUUUAAGUUGCAUUAUUUUUUCCAAUAUGUACAGAUUGUUAGCUCAAAAGCUAACAAUCAACUAAAAGUGAAAAUAUCUGUUGACUGGUGUUGCUUAUCUCUCUUUUUGAAGCAAGCAUGUGACAAAAUUUAAGUGUUUGUGUGCUGCCAUUUCAGUUCAGAUGAAUGGGACAGCACUUUGCAAAAAUAUGAUGAGUCGCUAUGUGCUGCUGAAUCAAAGGAGAAUGACAAGCCCAUGUUUCCCAAACCAGCCUUGUCUUAGUGGCCACGAAUGUCGAUAACAAGUGGUUGUGAUUGUUAAUGCUCAGUUUUUUCGUUUAUAUAGUAAGUUGCGUCAUCUCAGGAAGACUUGGCACUACAGCAUGCUUGUUUACUUUUGUAUGUGCUGGUGCACUUCUAAAUGUUUGCGAGCUUGUUUUCAGCUGUUUCUUUCUUUUUUUUAUACCGGGGCUGCUGUUUAAUGGAGAUGUGGAGUGUUACUGUGAUUUUGUUGUAUUGCAAGUACGACUUUCUUCAAUAAUGAUUAAAUAUAAGGUUUCACAAACAUAAAGAAACUAUCUCUUACUUUAAGGCUCUUGUGCUUUUCUUGCCGCAAUUUUGGUCCCUUGAGCCACACUCAAUUGCCAUGUGCAUCUACAGCCUUAUGAAUUGUACAAAUUUGCCACCAAUACAAGUUGUGCCCCCUAACAAGAUGCAUUAUAUCUGUGUGUUUUAAUGGCAGCGACAUGUCCACAUCUGCAUUUUGCUACUUAAAGGUGAUUUUUUGUUGUUUGAUACAUGAGAUUACACACAGGAAAUGAAUUGGGAGAUGCUUUGAUCAGUAUUGGCUGAAUACCAAAAUGAGCAAUCUGCAUUUCUUAGGAGCAUGUCAAAACAUGUCGACCCCCCCCCCCCUCCCCACUGCACACAAAACCUUGUUCACAUGUUUGGGGGGAAAAAAACGUGAGAAAAAGCAUACUAAGCGGGAAAACGUACGAUCCGAAGUAAAAAAAAAAAAUUUGACAGACGCAACUAAUGUUGACAUCUACGUAAUGCGAAGCGUCGAGCUGAUGGUGCUCCAGCGGCCCGAGACGCAUUUUGUUGUUUUCCUAUUGCAUGGCGUGUUAAGAGGGCGAUGGGAAACCGAAACGAAAUCGAGCUGGUGGGUGACGCCGGGUGACGCCGGAUGCCACCAAAGCGAAACGUGACAUGCACAUCGCGCCACUAGCAGGCAGGGAACGGCGGCACGGUUGUAUUAUCACCUACUAAACGCAUGUAGUGUGCUACCAAUGACACUACACACCACGCAUUGUAAAACAGAUAGGUGAAGAUGCUUAUUGUGGCGACGAUAGCUGUGAAUGCGGGGUGCGACGAUCCGGGUGGAGAUUCGCUCGUACCGGAAUAAACUGUGCACGCUGUCGUUCUCACGUGAGACGCCUCGCGCCUUCUUUAUAUGGGAUUGAGUGGCUGGAGAAUGUAUAUGAUCGCAGUCUUCAGCAGGGAACGGUAGUGUGUUUUGGUUAACGCCUGUUAAAAGCAUGCGCUAAGCUUCCGAUGGCACCACGCGCGGUGAAACGGGCGAAGAUGCUUAUCGCAACAGGAUUGGCGGCAAUAGCUCUGAAUGCCGAAUGCGACGACUCAGGAGAAGAUUUGCUGGUACCGAAAUGAGAAACUGAGUGCGCGCUGGUGUUUUCAGGCGAGACGGGCGAGCGAGUAUUGCAGUGAAGCUGCCACAGCGGGCACCUAUAUACUGUUCUCGAUAGCACGCUCCUUGCACAUCUUCUUGUUUACAUAGAGCCUAGCGGCAGGCAAACAUAUCAUACCAUCGCAGUUUGGUGACAUAGUGAACGUUGGUGCCGAAAAAUCGUGUUUUCCGGGAACGUAUGAAGUAUUCAAAAAUAGGCGUAACUCUAUUUGGUCAUUUUUGUUUUUGUUUUCUUGAUUGCAGACAUUGGCGCUGGGAAAACGUUUGUAACGGGAACGUAUCAACGAGGGGCUACUGUAUGAUAUAUAUAUAUAUAUAUAUAUAUAUAUAUAUAUAUAUAUAUAUAUAUAUAUAUAUCAUACAGUAGCCCCUCAUAAAUAUAUAUAAAUGCUUGGUUACACACACUCCAAACUCUUAGGCACCAGCUUGAUACGAAGCAAGCCAAUUUAUUGAACUUCUCUUUCCCUCGCUCCUCAAUAUUAGUAGUAAAGACCUGUACUACUAAUGGUACAGGAAUGUAUAUGCAUAUAUAUAUUUAAAAAGAAUGUGCAGCACCUUCGUACAGAAUUUAGCCAGUUCAGGCAGCCCAGUCUCGCCAUUUGUGGUGCCAUUAUCAGCCUGCCGAUAAAAGAAAUAAACCGGAGAAUAGGGAGGGCUGUGCCACAUUCUGUUGGUUGUCAUUUGGGAUGCGAAAAGGUGGGGGGGAUUUCAUAACUUAAGGACGAUGAAGGUUGUGCCAGCUGCCCAUCAAAAUUAUUUCACAACACUCAAAACUUUGAGGCCUAAUUUAAUCACGAGUUGGUAGAUUUGCAUGUUCGUUGUAAAAACUUGCAAUAAACAUUUUGUUGUAUUCAAAGCAUUUCCCAACCAUGUGUUUUGGGAGCUGUGAGCUGUUUAAAAGGGUCUUGCAACACUUUUUUUUGAGAAUGGUUAACAAACCUUUAGUAAUUUAUAUAUAAAGAUGUCGCAAAUACUUGGAGCCAGAGGUGGCUGCUAUUUUGCUCCAGAUGUGUUAUGUUGCUACCACUUUUCGUUUAGCCUGAUGAUAUUGCAUGAGUAGAUGAUGGCUACUGAGAGUCAAAUUCCUUUAGUGGCCUUUACCAACUGGUGCCAGCCCACAAGAAGCUUGCGCAGGUCCAGGCAAACCUUUAGUAAGCAAACAUCAAGAACAAUAUCAGCCGAAAGUAAGCCGCCAGAGGCAUAGAAUUAUUUCUAUGUGCAACAUUUAGAUGCUUGAGCCUUUAGAGAUGUCUGCAGCGAUGUAGGUGAAACUUGGUAUAUCAUUGUAUGUUCUGCGAAUCUUCAUUUCAACUUUUGUAACUCUUUUACCAUGCACUCCUCAGUGCUCUAACCAAUGUGUAAACAAGGUCUGCUCGGCCUCUGCAAAGUUUGGCCUCAAUAUGCUUCCUCAAUAAUAUUAUUCUGCACAUAAUAUUCUGAUUAUGUGCAGGCUGAUGUUAGAUGCCUGUGAAAGUGUUCUUUUGACAGUGCCAUGUGCCACAUGACGCACACAAAAGAUUUAAUUAAAACGUUGUAGGGCCCCUAACAGCAAGUUUGUUUUUUCCUGGUGAGAAAUGCUAAUCUUUAAGGUGAUCAAGACUAUGUUCAAAAGGGGACAAAUUAAGCAACACUGUAUAUACUGUGUCUACCCUUUCUACAUGCCAGAUAGUGUUUGCUUGCUUUUCCAAUAUUAUUGAACUAUCUUGUGUUAUCUGUUAUCUCUUUGAAAAUUCUAAGUUACAUCCAACAAUGUAGCUUCUUCUGAAAGACAAAACUGUCUUGUGAAGCAGGAUGCUGCAAUGAGAUGACUAUGCUAAGCACUGGUGGUAACCUCUUGUAGGCUGGGUAAGGAACUUGAGGAAGACUUCUGUCUAUGUGGUUAUAUUUAGUCUUAACUGUAAGGCUUGAAUGGUUUCAUAUACAAUAAACUUAUAAUGUGCAUGUUAAGGUUAUCUGAGCAAUACAUUGUCCCUGAUAUAGAGCCAACGUAGCGAUUGACAGCAGUUUAAGUCGUUUUCUACUUUUUCAAGCUGCACAUUUAUAUGGUGUCUGUUCACUAGCUGAUUGCACUGGGCACCAAAAUUUACAAUGAAGCAAGGAGUAGUAUGUGCUAAUUAACAAGUUAUGCAUAGUUUACAUAAAAAUGAAACAUCAAUGACAAUUAUGUGCAUAUAUUAAUUAGUGGACUUUUGUUUUAUUCUCCCUUUUUCCUUUAUGCCUUAUUUGGUAAGUGUUGUCAAAAAGUUAUACGAACUAGUUAACUUUUGCAUUUUGGGUGAUGUAUCCUCGAUUAAUCUACUUCAGCCACACUUUUCACUUCUGUUGCAACUAACUGAUUGCAGAGAUGGGAACUACACCACUUGCAAAGCCAUGCGACACUUCAUUCAGGAGCGGCUUCUUCUGGAAAAAGAAUGUCACUCAAUCAUUCUGCACUAAAAAAAUUGGUUCCUUUAUGGCUCGUGCAGGCACACACAGAAAAGCCACCAGAGCAGUUACUUUUGCAGUAGUGUUAGGCAAAAGACUGUAGCUAUGUCACUCAAGACAACUUCAUUACUCACAAAAUACCCAGCUUUAGAUAACAAGGCCUUUGCACCACUGCCAAGAGGGUAUUAUCAACAACAGAUAAAAUUUGAACAGGAAAGUGUAAAGGAAAAUAACAGCUCUUACGGGUAAUAGCUUUAAAGUGUGAUUUCAUACCCCUGUGUGCCAAAGCUAGUGUAGGCUUCAAACCAAGCGGACAAGGCAAAAUCAUGCCAACGUCGCACAAACUGGCAAAGGCAGCAGCGAAAGAAUGUGUUCGAGUUAGCCUUAAGAUUCAUUUAUCCACCCUGGCGACCAGAGCGCAAGUUAAUUCUCCAGCAGCCAUGGAAAUUGGUUCCAGUGAGAGCCAGUAUUGUUGUAGAAAGGUGGGUCACAGUGAAAAGAACCGGAAGAGAGACUUGGCUGGUGCAAGCAUAGACCCUUUCACUGCUUACUAACACAGGCUGGAGUCAGCUUGGUCUUCUGAAACCACAGUAAGCAAGACAAUAGUCCCACUUGAGAUGUCUCUCUUGUGAACACUUCUGCUCUGCAAUUGAUGAGACUCAAAUCAAUUUUGCCACACUGCGCAAGGAAAUGUGCAUAUGUGUGCUCUAGGAAUGUUUCUUGCAUAACAAAACAUCUCUAUCGCUCUUGUAUGUGGCAAAACACACUUUUUUUUCCUUGAAAAUGCUAGCUGCCAGAAAUAUGCUACAAAAACUUACUUCGAAACAUGCCAUGGCAUGCCAUUUUACUGCAUUCUUCCCUUGUAAUGAAUUGCGGUUUUUGCACUUGUGCCUUCUCACAGCCCACAACUAAGCAGAGUAAAAAUAGUAGGGAAGUGCGCCGACUCAUGAGUUUGAUGCUGCACCUUUUUCUGUAGUGGUUCAGCAAGUUACUCCACACUGGAUGCGAUAUCCCCAAAAGUGAUUGAUCGAGGACACAAUCCCAGCUUUAAAAUUUGGGGCUUGGUUCACAAAGCUUUCCAUUUGUGAGAACUGUCUUGUCACGAGCUGGGGCAUAUGCAAAUGGGAGGAGCACCUUUCAUUUUGUGAUCCAUAAUUACGCACAAAUACCUUUGUGAAUAUAGGCUCCAACUCUGCUCCUUCUCUCGUAACCCCACCCCCACCAUGAACAGAAAACUUGCACUUUUUGUCAGAUGUGUGCUUUUGUUAUUUACGAAAUAAAUAAGUUGCUUGAAUCCGU